AUGGGUGGUGGAGACCUGAACAUGAAGAAGUCGUGGCACCCGCUGCUCCUGAAGAAUCAGGAGCGAGUGUGGUUGGAGGAAAAGAAAGCUCUCGAGGAAAAGAAGAAACUCGAUCAGCUUAGGAAGGAGAAAGAAGAAGAGCGUCAGCUUCAGGAGCUUCAACGUCUACAAGAGGAGAAGACCGGGAAGAAGAGAGCAGAGAAGUUAGAAUGGAUGUAUACAACACCUGCCACUGGAAGCACACAGAACUCGAAUGACUUGGAAGACUAUCUUCUUGGUAAGAAGAGGGUUGACAAAAUUCUGACUGCUGAUGAGAAUGCCAAGCUUGGUGCAUCCCAUAAGAAUUUUAUUGCCGUACAGAAUGCCAAUAAUGUUCGUGAUAUCGCUUCCAAGAUUCGCGAGGACCCGCUUCUUGCUAUCAAACAGCAGGAGCAGGCGUCGUACGAGGCGUUGAUGGCUAAUCCUCUUCGACUACGAGAGAUGCAGAUGCGAAAUGGUAUUGUACCCAAGAAGGACAAGAAGGAGCGCAAAAGGGAGAAGGAAGAAAAACGGCGACUGAAAGAGGAGAAGAAACAGAGAAAACUUCAAGAUCGGUACUCGCGCUCGCCUAGUCCUUUGAACGACCGGUACAAUAGCCGUGAUCGUCAUGACCGCCGUGACAACCAACGUCGCUCUCCCAGUCCAUAUAGACGCUCGUCAUCCCCUUACUCCCGCAGCAAUCGAAGGAACGAUCGUGACUACGAGUUUUCCAUUCGCAGACGCCAGAGUCGAAGUCCUAUCCCCCGGCAAGGUCGUGAUAACGACAGGUAUCCUCGCAGUAGAAGCUCGUCCACAACCCCUUUGAGCGACAAUGCUCGAGGCCGAGACAAUUACUCGUAUGAUCGACCUGGAGAGUCGAGCUCUAGAGGGAGAGCAAUAUCUCCUCGUCGUGGCAAGCGAUCUCGAAGUCCGAGUCUUACACGGGAGUCUCGAUACGAGUCAUACAAUCACAAACGGCCUCGAAGAAGUCCUAGUCCGAGUACUGCGCCGAGUACCCGUGCAGAUGAUGACCGAGCUGCACGACUUGCAGCUAUGGCCCUCAGUGCUGAAGCGACUAAGAUUGAGCGCCAAGAACGACUGACAAAGCUAUUGGAAAAAGAAAAGGCUGAUAUGGCGGCAGAGGAGGCUACGCGCUCGAAAUCAAAAGGUAUGGGUGGAUUCCUCAGUCAUGAGUCGAAGAAGGUCUUUGGGGGAUCCGGUGGGUUGGAGGAUAGGAUACGCAGAGGUAGGGGAGGUAUGGUCAUUGAUGCUGAGUGA